GGGGUUCCACUGAAGAGAGAAGAUAAGUGUUACAUCAGGAUGAGAGGUGACUCCGUAUGGUGAGCAUGAAUUGACUGGUGAUUGUCAGCUUACCUUGAGAGUCCACAAGGGAACUUUCCAGAGGGGAGCAGCAGGGAACAAGUUCACAUCCAGCUUUUAUUUUGGACACAUUGUUAAUCAAAAGGCUUCAGAAAUGUGCAGAUGGGCAAUCCUUGUGUUUGCAAGGAGCAGCCUGGUUCAAGCGGAUUGUCCGAAAAGCUGGUGCAGCAACUUUCCCUGCAUAUUCCCCCCCACCAGAAUAUGUCGUUGACCAACACAAAGACGGGCUUUUCUGUAAAGGACAUUUUGGACCUUCCUGACACAAAUGACGAAGAAGGAUCUAUCACCGGAGCGGAGGAAGACACGGAGGGAUCGGAGACCACGUCCACGACAAAAACCACUGGAGUUUUGGUGCAAAGUCCUCUAGAAAACGUUCAAAAUCUGCCUUUAAAGAACCCCUUUUAUGACAGUAGUGACAAUCCUUACACACGAUGGCUUGCAACAACGGACAGUAUUCAAUAUUCAUUGCACGGUCUAUCCGCCAGCUCUCAGGACUCCGCCAAGUCCCCGGAGCCUUCAGCGGACGACGAAUCGCCGGACAACGACAAGGAAACUUCCAGCAGCGGCGGGAGCGACUCCGGCAAGAAGCGGAAAAGGAGGGUGUUGUUUUCCAAGGCACAGACCUAUGAGCUGGAGCGCCGCUUCAGACAGCAGAGGUACCUGUCCGCCCCGGAGAGGGAGCACCUGGCCAGCUUGAUCCGCCUCACCCCGACCCAAGUGAAGAUCUGGUUCCAGAACCACCGGUAUAAGAUGAAGAGAGCCCGGGCCGAGAAAGGUAUGGAAGUGACCCAUCUCCCUUCUCCCAGGCGGGUGGCCGUGCCCGUCUUAGUCAGGGAUGGAAAGCCUUGUCACACUCUUAAAGCUCAGGACUUGGCGGCCACUUUUCAGGCCGGGAUCCCCUUUUCGGCAUAUAGUGCCCAGUCACUCCAACACAUGCAGUAUAACGCGCAGUACAGCGCCGCGGCCACGCCACAGUUCCCCACAGCACAUCACUUGGUGCAAACGCAACAGUGGACUUGGUGAGAGAAAUUAUAGAGACUUGGCUUGGAGGCGCGGUAGGGAGUUUCACCACAAAGCAAAGAAAAAAUAAAACACACAAACAAAAGACUUUUCAUUUUUGCAGCUUGACUCAUAUAUAUACUACCAUUUUUAUUCGGGGCUCAUGUGUGCGCCGUGUUUACAUGUUUUCGUUAAGAGAACUGGGUCCAAACCUCUCCCAUAUAGAUUUUAUUAAGAAUGUCAAUGCUCUUCUUGUGAAUUUUUUUUGUAAGUAUGUUGUGUGUUGGUUGUAGAGAUGUUUCCUCUUUUUUUUCUUUGUCCCUUCGUGUUAUUAUCAGCACGUACGAACCACUUUAUAAUUAUAGAAAUUUUAAUUUGUUGCUUCUUUUAUGGACCGAAAAAAAUAUUUAUGGCCAUGAAUAAACACUGGCAAGUU